AACUACCCAACUAACCACUCAUCUCACCCCGCCAAUUUCUUCAGCAAUUCAACAUUUGAAAAAUUCCUAGUACUAAAAAACAAUGUCUUCCUCAACAAUGUCUCUUUCUUCCUCAUCCUUCGCCGGACAGGCGGUGAAGAUCUCCUCUGAGAUCACCGCCAACAGCAGCGGAAGAGUCUCCAUGAGGAAGACAGCUGGCAAGCCCAAGCCCAAGCCCGCUUCAUCUGGCAGCCCAUGGUACGGCCCGGACCGAGUUAAGUACUUGGGCCUAUUCUCCGGUGAAGCUCCCAGCUACCUCACCGGCGAGUUCGCCGGCGACUACGGCUGGGACACCGCCGGACUCUCCGCCGACCCGGAAACCUUCGCCAAGAACCGCGAAUUGGAGGUGAUUCACUCCAGGUGGGCCAUGCUCGGUGCACUUGGUUGUGUAUUCCCGGAGCUAUUGGCCCGGAACGGCGUUAAGUUCGGGGAAGCCGUGUGGUUCAAAGCCGGGUCACAGAUCUUCAGUGAAGGAGGGUUGGACUAUUUGGGCAACCCGGGUUUGGUCCACGCGCAGUCCAUUUUAGCUAUAUGGGCCACCCAAGUUCUAUUAAUGGGUGCUGUUGAGGGCUACCGUAUUGCCGGCGGGCCACUCGGAGAAGUGGUCGACCCGUUGUACCCGGGUGGGAGUUUCGACCCGUUGGGCCUAGCUGAAGACCCGGAAGCAUUUGCAGAGCUGAAGGUGAAGGAGCUAAAGAAUGGCAGACUCGCAAUGUUUUCGAUGUUCGGAUUCUUCGUUCAAGCCAUUGUUACCGGAAAGGGUCCGUUGGAGAAUCUGGCGGAUCAUUUAUCCGACCCGGUUAACAACAAUGCUUGGUCUUACGCCACUAACUUUGUUCCCGGAAAGUAAACAUACAGCAGUUUUGUAAUUAAAUUUGUGGGCUUUAAUAUAAUGUAACAUGUGAUUGUGUGUGUAAAUGUAAAUGGAAAUGUGAGUAUUUCAGAUUUACAUAAGGCAAGAAAAAACUGUUUAAUUUGAA